AUGCCUGAAGACGGGAAGAGCCACGACGCUGAGGUCGACAACGCACAAGUCGUGAGCCAGGACAAUCAAGCUCAAGGUUCGAAUCAGCACUGCCUCGCCACUCGGAGCCUACAUAUUUUCAAAACGAUGGGUUUUAACACUUCGCCCCUCGUGGUCGUGUCAUGUUGUCUACUUCUUGGUGAAGCCCGCCAGCGCAGUCUUCCCGAAUCUACAAUAGCCUUCCAGACCCGUCCGUUCCUGGAACAACGCAAUGAUAUUUACCUUGUGGGACUUACUAAAGGAAUGUUAAGAGUACCUCAGAACGUUGCGUACAGGUGCAUUAGAUCCAAAUUGGAUUACAUAAGUUUUAAUGUAGUUCGACGCCUGGUGUUCUACAUAGAAUAUGAAAGCAAAAAGGAGGAGUCCAUUCCUUUAGAGGACAUCCAAGAGCAGUUGGGCAGUGAAGGCCUUGCCUCUGUCUGUUUGAACCACGGCCGGUGCACCAUGGCGGAGGACGACAGCAUGAAUGCAGAAUUUUCCGCGACAUCGCUUGCCGUACCGUGCGAAAGGCAAAACGAGGAGCCUGUAUUGACGCAGGACCUUGCAGAGAUAUUUGAAAACAAGAAGACCGAAGGGGACAGCGAUUCAUGGGAAAAAAAAGAUAUAAAGCUUGCUUUCCGUCUGAGGACUUCCGACACCGUCAUUGAUGUUGCAGUAGAACGAAGCAGGAAAAAACGCCAGGCCUUUCAGAAGCCGCCGCACAUUCACAGCGAAAGCUAA